AUGACGAAAUUGUUUGGUGAAGCUGACCUGAAGGCAUGUAAAGAUCUUGUGAAGCAUUUGGCAACUUUGUACGACCAAUAUUGCAAAAAGUUGGAUAGAGAUGAACUCUUAAAAAACUUUUACAAGCUUUUGCCGGAAAGUGGGAGGAUGUUUAAAAUGGAGUCGAAGAAUAUGACUGCUCCUGCAUAUAAUCUUAUCAUGAUCCAAAUCCCUGAUUUACUUGUUGGCUUCUACAAGCGUGGAAAUAUUAAAGAAAAGCUUCCUGAUAUAAAGGCAAUAGAGAAAUCGGAAUUUGGCCCAUUGUCCUAUGUUGCUGGGUACGUUAUUUCGAAGAUGUAUCGAAAAAGUAAAGUUUCUGCCAGGAAAGAAACUCCAGAGCAAUUGGAAAUUCAGUCCCUGCUGCUGAGCACGAAGUCGUUGCAAGACAAUGAAUACAUACUCUCUUUCUCGAGGAAAGCUAUGGAAUCCUUGUGA